AUGGCAAACAAACCCGUGCGCGACUGGGUCUACCUGGCCAUCAUCGGCCUGCAGCUCACCGGCAUGCUCGUGCUCGACCUGGUCGCCUUCUACCCCCCGCCGCUGUGGAUGCCCCCCGGCGCGCCGCUGCACUUCCUCGUCGGUCUGCGCCGGCGGUACGUGACCUUUACCGGCGACCCCUUCUUCUCCUCGUCGUCGGCCGUGCACGGCGCGCCCUGGUUCGAGGUCUUCCUGUACAUUGAGGGGCUCGUGCAGUUCCCGCUCGCGGCGUACCUGGUCUCGAAGCUGGCGUCGCCCCGGCGCAUGGCUGGCCCCGCGGAGCUGGCCGGGCUGGCGUUUGGCUGCCUGACGUUCAUGGGCUCGGCGGCGUGCUGCUACGAGCUGCUGCACAUGGGCGCCGAUCAGGUGGCGGUGGAGAAGAAGACGCAGCUGCUGUACGGCACCUACCUCCCGUUUGUGGUUAUUCCGGCUGUUUUGGCGGUGGACAUGUUUCUGCGACUGCUGCCUCGUGUGCAGGCUACGAGUACCAAGGACAAGGAUGAGUAA